AUGGCGUCAGAACGACCAGCUAGAGCUUAUCAACCAAUUCACCCGGCGGUCCGUCCACUGCUAGACCCGCAAUAUAUCAAGUUCCACGAGAGCUACUUUCAAUAUGUGAUCCCUGAUGAUCAAAAACCAUGGGACGGAUCAGCUCGAACAGCACAGCGGCCCUGGUCAUCUACAGAGUCAGCACUCACAAAAACAGCAAACACUCAGGAUUUCAACCGUGGAAAGUACAAGAUUCGCGUUUUUACUCCAGAUGGAGAAAGACCAACCCUUGGUUGGCCAGUGCACAUCUGGUUCCACGGGGGCGGCUGGUCGAUUGGUGGAAUCAAUGAUGGAAAUGACCUUUGCACAUUGAUCUGCGCGACCGCAUGUUGCGUGGUGGUGACGGUCGGGUACCGUCUAGCGCCCGAGCACCCGUACCCUGCAGCAAUUGAAGACGCGGUCGACGCGUUGAAGUGGGCAUAUAGCGCAGAAGGAGCUCGCACCUUGAACGUCGACAACACGCGCAUUUCAAUAGGAGGAACGUCAGCCGGCGGAAAUCUGGCAGCGGUGCUGUCAAUUAAAGCUUCACAACUGGAGCCCCGGAUUGAUAUCUGCUUUCAAAUACUUGUUCUCCCUGUUAUCGAUAACACUGCCUCAGUGUCUACUAUCUGGAAGCGGAAUCGACAUGCGCCAUGGUUGACUCCAGCCCGGAUGGAGUGGUAUCGACGCAUGUAUCUCCCGAACCCAUCUGACGCCAUGAGCUGGGAUGCUUCUCCUAAUUUGGCGACACCUGAGCAACUGGCUGAGAGUCCGAAGACAUGGAUAGCUGUCUCAGGCCAGGAUCUCCUUGCACCGGAAGCGCAGGCUUACGCGGGCCCAUUGAAAAAGGCCUGGGAGACAACUGGCAGAGACAAUCAAGUGGUUAUUGAAUUUUAUGAAGGGUCAACGCAUGCUCUCCUGUCCAUGAGUGGUAAGAGCUUCCAUCGAGUGGGCAUUCAUUUCCAUUCAUCAACUGACAACAUCGCGUCCCUAGGUAUCUUAAAACAAGGCGCUAAACUUCUUCGGGACUGCGCCGAACAGGUUCGCAGAGGAUUUGCUCUCCCUAUUGCAAAUUGA